GCAGAUUCACCCCGAAAAUCCGAAAAUAAUGUGUAAAUAAUUUCUAAACCAAACACGGAAAUGGCAGAAAACUUAUAUGUUGAACUACUCCACAAUUUAACAGCAAAUUUAGCAAUAGCAAUAGAUCAAGUGAAAGGUGGAGAAACUAAAGAAACUGAUGGUAUUGAGUUUGAUGCAGAAGAUUACUGGAACAGAUUAGGAUUGGUAUUUAAAGCUAUAGCACAUGAAGCUACUAAAUUAUCCCUGACAUUUUCUUCCCCUCCAUUGCCUUCUUCUCAGGAGUGUGAAUCAUUGAUAACAGGAGUGGAGAAAACAACUUUAGCUUUAGUAUCAUUAUAUUACUGCUUACCUAAGUCUCAAGGUCUUAGAUUAAGAAAGUCCACACAGAAUGCUGUGGUAGAUGUAAUACAGGGUAUUACUGAUUUAGCUAAAGCUGUUAAGCAAUAUGGAUGUGGAUCAUCUGAACAGUUACAGUCCACAGGCAAUGUAUGGAAUGGUGCUGAUAUAUUUCUUCAGAUUCCAAAAGACAAUAGAGAAGCUGUAUUAAAGGUUUUAUGUGAGGCACAGGGAAUGGCUACUGAUGCUUUACAAGAAAUACAAGAGGCUGUCGACAGUGGUGGUAUAGGAGAUGACCUUGAUGAACUCCUUGAUGAAGAUGUCGGAUCAGAUAAUGAAAACACAUGGUCAGAACGAGAUAAAACAUUACUUGGCCCUUGCCUUGGAUUGCUGAAAGCUUCUAAAUCAUUGAUUAAAAAGACAAAGGACACAAUUAAGAAGAAUGCUUGUUGUAAUAGUGAGCAGACGGUCACACAGCUUGAUGAUUUAGCAGAUCUUGUAGACAGAUUAAGUCCUGCCAUUGAUGAAUUAGCUUCUAGUUUGUAUCCACCAUUACACUACCAGACAUUGAAUGAAAAUGGAAAGACUGUUUACCAAAUACAUGGAACUAUGUUAGACUUUAUCAGGUAAUUUAUAUAGUAGUGAUAUGACUGUAAAAAUAUAAAAAGUUUGGAGAAGGUG